AUGGCCACUCUCUCAAUCGGCAUCGCCACCCCCGUUGCGACCUUCCGUUCGACAAAACAAUUCUUCUUCUUCUUCUUCUUUAAUCCAAGGAAGGACCCGGAAGGUAUUUUAGGAAGACCGCAGACAGGACACUUGGCUCGUCUCGAGUUCAGAAGGCGGCUUGAGAAAGACGCAGAGGCUCGAGAGGCAUUUGAGCAACAUUUAAGCCAAGAGAAGGAACGUCGCCGAACUCUUCGCGAAUCCAGGGAAAUACCCGAUACUGCAGAGGAGUUGAUUGAAUACUUUCUUGACACUGAAGCUCAAGAGAUCGAGUUUGAGAUUGCAAGAUUAAGGCAUCGAUUGGAUGAGGAAUUUUUCUCCCACCUCAAAUUUGAGAUCGGGCAGAUUAGAUUUGCUGUUUCGAACACCGAGAAUAUGGAGGACAGAUUGAUUGAGCUGGAGGCAUUACAGAAGGCCUUACAAGAAGGCACAGAAGCAUAUGAUAAAAUGCAAGCCGACCUUAUAACUUCGAAGCAAAGCCUCAUCAAGAUUUUGACAUCGAAAGAUAUGAACACAACUUUGCUUGAGAUGCUUGAACGCAAUGAACUAAAUAGAUCCGUAUUGACACUUCUUGAUGAAAACAUAGCAAGUGCAAGCAGGGGUAAUCAGAAAGAAGCAGUUGCUUUCAUGGAAAAGGCUCGUUCGGCCAUUCUCAAGUAUCUGACGGUAUAGUAUACACUAAACAUGUCUGAAUGUUUGUUUUGGUCUUGGUGAGUUUGGUUUUAGCAGUUUUUGUACCAACAUUUGGUUAAGGUAUUUGUACUAAGAUCAGGUCAGUAAUUACAUGUACAAUUACAAAGACAUGGUUCAGAGAAUCAGAGUUACAAUUUAUACAACGAUUUAGUUGUUUUCCGGACAAAA